CUCAGUGUGCAUCGAAGUGUAGAAAUGUCGACAAUUCUAGUGCUGAUCGGAAUCAUCGUGACCCUGCUCUAUUAUGCAGCUCGACAUAGGCACAACUAUUGGAAUCGCCGUGGCAUUCCACACGAUGUGCCUAGGUUCCCGAAAGGCAACAUUGCCGAUUGGCAGACGAAGCGCCAAUUAGGCGUUAUCUUCAGAGACUACUAUCUGAAGUACAAGAACAGAAAUGCGCCCUUCGCUGGCUUCUAUUUCUUCUUCACGAAGACUGCGAUUGUCACUGAUAUGGAGCUGGUGAAGCGUAUAUUAAUAAAGGACUUUAGUAACUUUGAGAAUCGUGGCAUAUUCCACAAUGAACUCGACGAUCCUCUGUCCGCGACACUGUUCAGCAUUGAGGGUCAGAAGUGGAGGCAGUUGCGCCACAAGCUGACGCCCACCUUCACCUCCGGUAAGAUGAAGAACAUGCAACCCAUCGUUCUGAGAGUCGCCGAGGAAAUGGCCAAGAUAUUCAAAGAAAAGGCGUCCACAGCCCAGGUCCUUGAGGUUACCGACUUGGUGGGACGUUACACGGCCGAUGUGAUUGGCAACUGCGCCUUUGGCCUUGACUGCAACAGCCUGCGCAAUCCCGACGCGGAUUUCGUUCGCAUGGGCAAACGGGCUGUGAUGGAACGACGAUAUCGUGGCAUAUUGGAUUUCUUCAUAUUCGGAUUCCCAAAGCUGGCACGUCGCAUGCAUCUGAAGAUAACAGUGGAGGAGGUGGAGGAGUUCUAUUUACGCAUCAUUCGCGAUACCAUCAAAUAUCGCUUGAGCACAGAGGAGAAGCGCAACGACUUCAUGGACAUGCUCAUCGAAAUGUACCAGAAGCAAAAGGCGGGCAACACCGAAGAAGGUCUGUCGUUUGAGGAAUUGGCGGCCCAGGCAUUCAUUUUCUUCGUAGCCGGUUUCGAAACCAGCUCCACAACCAUGGGAUUUGCUCUCUAUGAGCUGGCCCUGCAUCAGGACAUACAGAACAAGCUGAGAGCGGAAAUCAACGAGGUGUUGAGUAGGCACAACAAUGAAUACACCUACGAUAAUGUGAAGGAAAUGAAAUAUCUGGAACAAGUUGUCAUGGAAACUCUACGAAAGUACCCCGUGCUACCCCAUCUUACCCGAAAGGCCAUCUCAGACUAUUCGCCCGGAGAUCCAAAGCAUUAUAUUGAA